UUGUAUCUCACUGUUUACUUUUCAGGGAAAACCGACCAAGAUGUAGUUAGAAGGAAGCUCCGUCCCCCGCGGUUUUUCCGGAGAUUGUUUUGUUGUUUUGGCUUCAGCGCUUCUGAAACAGCCGUGUCUUCUCCCGCAGAAUAUCUGGCAAACCACUAUUCGCUGUUUUUAACCCUCUGCUUUUCGACUUCUGCAAUUUUUGCUUUUUUUCAGCCGUCCGAAAAGCUGCUGCUGCCGCCAGUGCGACCCUGUGAUAUUAACAAAAAGUGUCUUAUUAUUGAUUUGGAUGAAACCCUUGUUCAUAGUUCUUUCAAGCCUGUAAAAAAUCCAGAUUUUAUUAUACCUGUUGAAAUCGACGGCAUUAUUCAUCAAGUUUACGUCUUGAAAAGGCCGUAUGUGGAUGAAUUUUUGAAGCAGAUUGGAAGCCUGUACGAAUGUGUUUUAUUCACCGCUAGUUUAGCCAAGUACGCCGAUCCCGUUGCUGACCUGCUUGAUACCUGGAGCGUAUUCAGAUGUCGCCUGUUCAGGGAAGCCUGCGUUUUUCACAAAGGAAAUUAUGUCAAGGAUUUAAACCGACUCGGCCGGGAUCUUAAACGUGUUAUCAUAGUCGACAAUUCACCGGCUUCGUAUGCCUUUCACCCUGACAAUGCAAUUCCUGUCCAGUCAUGGUUCGAUGACAUGAACGACACAGAAUUGCUGGAUUUGUUGCCUUUUCUUCAGAAGCUCGCCACUGUUGACAAUAUUUACACGGUGCUACGAAAUUCGAACUCGCCUAGUCCGCCCCUGCUUUUCCGGAUAUCAAACGGAUGCAACGGUUCCGUCGAUACUCAUGGUGUCAUAUCGCAGAUGGAACGAAGGUGA